UGUGCAAGCAUUUUAAAAUAAACCAUGUUAACUGAGAAUUUCAUCAGUGUAUCGUCUGCUGGAGAGACUCACCAGAACACGAGGUCGCUAGAGGUAGCUUGAUGACACCAAGUUUGAGCACACAAUCAUGGGACAUGUGAUCUUCACCUCUCAGCCGGUGGAAAAUAAUCGGGAUUGGACUCAGGAAGAAAACAUGUUCAUCGAUGUGAUUAUUAACAUUACUGUAUGAAGCAAAGCAGGACCGAGUGCCGUGGGAGCUGAACGAGGCAAUGCUUACUCAUGGGGCAGGUCACUACAAUAGACUUUAAAAAGAGGAAGAAAAAAAAAAAAUGCAAAAACAGCAAAAGAAAGUUUUCAGCUCGCAUUUGCAGUUCACCCUCCUGGAGUCUGUUUGCUGUCUGAAACUACAACACGUUUCCUGCAGUGAUGUCACAGAGACCGGCUCCUUCUCUUCUUCUGCUGUUUCUGCUCAUGAUUCCAGUGUGUGUUUCAGGGGUUUCUAGUGCUGAUUGGGAUGUGAGUUACAGUCCUUCACACAUCUGUGCACUAAAGGACUCAUCAGUGAUAAUGAACUGCACUUAUACAUACCCUACUGGACAUCAGAUCAGGAGAGUGUUCUGGACCAAAGGUGCUGUAAAAGAGGAUGGAGAGUUUAUAGAUCUGUCUGAGGACCCUGAAUACAUUCAGAGGCUUCAGUAUCUGGGAGAUAAACAGCAGAACUGCACCAUCAGACUGAGUCAUGUGACACUGAAGGAUUCACACGAGUACUAUUUCAGAUUCACCACUAAUAAAUACAAAUGGUUUGGUUAUCCAGGAGUGACUCUUACUGUCACAGAUCUUCAGGUGGAGUCUCCUGAGAGAGUGACAGAGGGAGAUUCAGUCCGUCUGACAUGUAAAAGCAGCUGCACUCUGACUGACAGAGCAACAUUCAUCUGGUUCAGAAACUCACAGCCAUUAACUACAGGAAUUAUUGGAAACCAGCUCAACCUCUGGACAGUCAGCAGAGAAGAUACAGGCAGAUAUAGCUGUGGUGUAUAUGGACAGAGUUACAUCUCUCCUGCUGUUCAACUCAAUAUCAGAUAUCGUCCAGAGAAACCUGUGAUCUCCAUCAGUCCAUCUGGUGAAAUAGUGUCAGGAGAUUCAGUGACUCUGAUCUGCAGCAGUGAUUCAAACCCUCCUGCAGAAAUCAGAUGGUUUAAAGGAGGAACGUUUGUAGGAUCUGGAAGAAUCUUCAACAUCUCAAAGAUCAGCUCUGAUGACAGUGGAGAAUACAAGUGCAAGUCCAUCAAUGAACAUGGAGAGAAAUACUCUGCUGUGACUUUAAACAUCAUGUAUCAUCCAAAGAGCGUCUCAGUGUCCAUCAGUCCAUCCGGUGAAAUAAUGUCAGGAGAUUCAGUGACUCUGAUCUGCAGCAGUGAUUCAAACCCUCCUGCAGAAAUCAGCUGGUUUAAAGGAGGAACGUUUGUAGGAUCUGGAAGAAUCUUCAACAUCUCAAAGAUCAGCUCUGAUGACAGUGGAGAAUACAAGUGCAAGUCCAGAAAUAAACAUGGAGAGAAAUACUCUGAUGCUGUGACUUUAAAAGUCAUGUAUCCUCCCAGGAACGUCUCAGUGUUGAUAAACGGAUCUGGUGAAAUAGUGUCAGGAGAUUCAGUGACUCUGAUCUGCAGCAGUGAUUCAAACCCUCCUGCUCUGAACUUCAGCUGGUUUAAGGAGAAUGAAAGCUCAGCUGUUGGAUCUGGACAGAGUUUCAGUGCACUACAGAGUGGACGCUUCUACUGUCAGGCUCACAAUCAACAUGGAUCUCAGAGAUCAGACGCUGUAACUGUCACAGUUCAUCAUGGUGCUGGUAGGAAUGUGAUUGUGAUCGCAGCGUUAUCUGGAGGAUUAUUCAUCAUCAUCAUUAUCAUCAUAUUUAUAAUUCAGAAGAAAAGGAAAAACAGAAGAUCUAUAAUACAUGAGUAUGAGAAUGAUUCUCCCAGGACAGGAAGAUAUGCAGCUCUUGACCCGAAGUCAAGAUCUUCUGAUGUGUACAACACACUCACAACUGUCCAUCCCAGACCUGCUGAUCACCAGUCGGGCUCUAUUGAAUAUGAGAAUCUCAGCGUCCAGUCGCAACAUAUGGGCAAGAUAGUGGGAUAGUCCUUUGUGACUCAUUCACUGUUGGUCAUCAUCAAAAGAACUACUGCUGAACUUAGCUUACAUUAGAUUAUAUUUGAUGGAAACACGAUACAGCAGAAAUCGACACAAUACGGUCAACAGACAGUAUGUCCCCGCUACUCGCUCUUUCUACAAACAAUCCACCACAGGAAAUAGAGAAAACAGAAAUGAUCACCAGUUCACACCUGACAGGGAACCAAUAAGAACUAACAACAAAUGAAUGCUCUUCCACACAUAGUAAGACACCACGUUAAGAUGAAGCACAAGUUAAACUUUACUCAACUUUUUCACUAUAGAGUUUACAUUCUGCAGUGAAGUGACUUUUGUAAAAGAGAGUAAUGGAUUGUGCUCAUGUGUGACCAUGUGAUGAAUGAGCAACCAAAAGGUGCAUUCUGAUUGACAUGAUCCCUACAGAGUGUCCACUGCUCCCUAAGCACUGAAUAUCCGUUGAAGUGGACUUCACUGACAAUAACUGUUCAUUUGGAACACCCUACACCGUUAUCAAAAGCCCGGGACAAACUAACCCAACGGUCACUGAGAGGCGACAACACAGUCAGCUUUCAUCGCCACUAGUCUUUUUGACAUUGGCUUGGUGUGUCCCUGGCUAAAGAAAAGCAACAGAUUAUGAUAUAACACAAAUAUUGUAAUUUACUUUAAAAUGUAAAAUAUACAAAUACAUACACACACAUGAAUCUAAUAAAUAUAACCAAAAUAAAAUGCUUAUUAUAUACUUGUUUGACUAUUGCAGAUAUUGAUUGAUUAAUAAUAUAUUUGAAGCUGUACU